AUCGAUCGCAGUUUGGGGACGAGGAGGCAAAGGAAGGGACUUGCGCGGUCGUCGGUGGCCGAAAAGCCGCCCGUUGACGUUCAUCUCUCGUGCACGGCCAGUGAACGGAUCGCGGAGGACGAACGAGCGAGGGGGCAAAAGGAUGCGGCGCACGAGACUCUCCGCCUGCUCCGAAAGCAUCGAGGACCGCUCCUACUUUCGGAGUUAUUCGCGGCCGACCGGCGUGCUCGCCCGUGCCUUGCGCAUUCGAAAAAUUUCGCUGACUCACGUUGCCCCGUCGGAUUUCUCGAGCAAAUUCUCAGCAAGAACAACUGACCAUCAUCAAGAAACAGCAGCCUUCGAUGAGAACGCAUUCGAUCUUGAUGUCUCCCAGUAAAAACUCCGCACCUGGAUAAGUCACCGCCUCACGCUGGUGACAUACGACCCCUGUGUGAUUGUGACAGAGCCAUCGACUUGCUUAGUACAGUGCUUGUGUUUGGGUGUGUAGAAUCGGUGUGUGACUAUCGUGGCCGGUGUUGGAGUUCCGGCGCCUCGUCGUUGUGACGGUGUGUUUGUGGUGUUCUUUCGUGAACGGCGCGUCAGCGCGACAUGUUUGGAUAAGACGAUGCCUGGGCGGCCCAUCCUUCGGCGGCUUUUGCUGUGUUUCCUGGUCGGGUUUGAAGUGAGGCGGGUCCAGGCGACAGCAACGCAGAGCGCGCCACAAUCGACGGUGGCCGCCACGGCAGCGUCUCUACCACUGCUUAGCACAGGCUCGAGCUUGGGGUUCUCGCCGGCAGCGGCAACCCGGUGGGAAGCGACUCGCACAGAGCGCAGCUCCAGGGACAGGCCCGGUUCUGGUCUGGGCUGGGGUGCCAGCUCGGGCUUGAUGCCGGAACCGCGACCGUCGCCCCACGUUGUCGGCGGAGGGCAGGUAGCGGGAGGCGGCGUCGUGUUCUCGUCGUCUUCGAACGGCGUGGGCGGCGAGCCCCCGUCUCGGCCGAGCGCCUACUGGGACGACCCCCACUUCAGGCCCCACUUCGACAACAGCACCGACCGGAACGUGACGGCCCAGCUGGGGAAGUCCGCAUUCCUGCACUGCAGGAUACGGCAGCUCGGAGACAGGACGGUGUCGUGGGUGCGCCAGCGCGACCUACACAUCCUGACGGUGGGCACGUACACGUACACGUCGGACCAGCGGUUCCACUCGAUCCACCUGGAGGGCACUGAGGACUGGACCCUGGAGGUGCGCUACACUCAAAAGUGGGAUGCCGGCGUCUACGAGUGCCAGGUCUCCACCGAGCCCAAGAUGAGCCUCAACAUCUCGCUCGCCGUCGUCGUGGCCAAGGCGCGCAUCCCGGAGGGCUCAAACCUGUACAUCCAGAGCGGCAACACCAUCAACCUGACGUGCGUGGUGACAGACAGCCGGGCGCCACCGGUUUACGUGUUCUGGUACCACGACGACCGCAUGAUCAACUACGACUCGGCGAGGAGGGCGGGAAUCCGUGUAGCCACAGAGAGGGGGCCCUCGACCACGGUGUCCAGGCUCCAGGUGCCGGACGCCUCCACGGGGGACUCGGGCAACUACUCCUGCAUCCCGUCGUACGCGGACCCAGCAAACAUCACCGUGCACGUACUCAACGGUGAAAAGCCCGCAGCCAUGCAGCACGGCCGCCAGGGAAACCUCGCUGAGAGGUCGCUGUCGUCGCUGCUUCUCGUCACGGGAGUGUUGUUGUCACACCGACUCUUCACCCACGCCGUGGUGCAGAGAUAGUGCGCUGCCUCUGGGCGUCAAAGGCAGACACUCUAGUGCACAGGACGCCGGGACCCCAUCCAUCGUGUGUCCCCGCCAGUGUCAGUGCCAGUUACAUCGCCAGAUAACCCAAGCAGACGUGUCGUGAGAGUUGAAACUAUACGAGGGACAUCUUCGAAGCGCCGCCCUGUCGGUCAAAGAGUUAAACUGUUUGACGGGACACUGGCGCCCCUCUUUUUUUCUUACCGCGCUUUGCAGACGACUUUCGCAGCAUGGUCGGCGGAGGUUACGAAAAACAAGUCCCGCAUUUCUCGUUUUGAAGAACGCCGUGAUGCGGGGGACCGUUUGAGAAGUUGGGAGCUAUAAGCGCUGCGUGGAAUAUUAGAUUAUUUACUUUGAAUGAGUGUUACUCCUUUCCUAAAAGUGAGAUCCUUAUGUACUUAGUUGCAUCGGUCGUCCGCCCCAUUUUUCUUAGAUUAACCAUUAGAGAUUUAAUAUUUCGGUCCACUCAACCCUUUGAUAUGAUGAUAUGAUCCGUUCUUUUCAGUUAUGUUCAGCGCAUAUUACAUUAAGAUUAAUUAUUUUCAUGUCACAAUCUGACAAAAAGCACGACAUAUUAAAAAUUUCCUGUUUAAUGAUACCUGAUGAACCUGAAAUUGUCUUUUUUUUAAGUGUGGUAUGUUUUUAGUUCUUGCAUUGCUAUAGAGAAAGCGGCUUCCCCAUUAGCGUUUCCUCCGCUGAAGAGGAAAGAGAUGGGAGGAACUUCCCCUAAACUCUUAACGUGUCACCGACUCAGGCAACAUCACGCCAGCUAUACCACGAGAUCUUCUCUACUCGCACAAGUUUCAGUACGGCACAAACCCAAGAAUACGCCACAACCGACGCAAUAUUUUCAGGUACAUGCCGAUGGUGUUCCUGUAAGACGUGAAAGACACAAGGUCCGGGCAGCAAUGGUAUUUUUCCCCAAUAACCUGGCUUUGUUCGAUUGGUUCGACGCUUUGAGUGCCAGCUUACACUUGAAGUCAUUCGAUAGACGUAAAUUAAUGAGUUCAUAUGAUAGGAAUAACCGAGUGACAAAACCGAAAUUCUCUUUAAAGAAGCCGGUGACUUAACAUUUUAUUAUAAUGUUGUUCACUUCUAGAAUAAAUUAUCUCUUUAAUAAAGUAAUGUUUGAAAACAAGAGAUAUUCAAGUUACUGCCUAAAAUCUCUUUUUAAAAAACAAGAAAAAAAAGUUGUCGUUUUGCUUGUUUCUACUCUCGAUAUCCUCAGGUACUUAUAUAUUGGUAUUAGAGCAGUUUUUAAAUUUUUUUUUGUCGCAAGUACCAUGAUAAUGAAUCAUCAUUGCUUUGAUUGUUUCUUUUAAAGCUGCUUUCGUUUUUUUAGCUUAAUCUAACCGCAAAUUUUAGACAAAGCGUUUCUUCAGGUAAAGUUAUACUGCCUUCCGUGGUGCUCGUUUUGUACUCAGAAAAAGCAUCCAUAUUUUUAUCAAUAUCGUUCGGACCCAAAGCAGCAGCGUGAGAUCACAGAGGUAGGUCUCUGAGAACAGACUGUAACGGGGAAAUCUUUAGCUUAGCCUGUUCUACUAAAUCUGGACUCACAUAAAACACGAGGACGACAAAUCAGCUUGCGUUUAGUUUUACAAAUUUAUAUACUUCUUGAAGACCAAGCCAUGCCAAACCUGUAGCAAUUAGAAAUUCACGGCUGCCUCCAAUUUGUUUUUGUUGCUUCGUCAUUGAAACGGAAGGAGUGAAGCAAAAAAUCUCAGGUGAGCAUUUCCGACACCUUAUGUUGUUGUAUUACUAUAAAUACAUACGAAAUGGCGCCACGAGGUGGAUUCUAGGUCAAUCUUCAGAUUGGUUUAUCAACAUCUUCGGUGACGCAAAGCACUGGCGCUGAAAUACGACAUUCCACCAUGGAAGGCUAUGUGAAGCGUGAUUGGUUGUAGGCUUCGAGAGCUACCUGUUAUGAGUUGGGAACGCUGCUCUGUAUCUUACACUUUAGCAAAACAUUAGAUGUGAUGCGAUGAAUGAAUCAAAUAAAGGAGAUCGCACUUU